AUUGGGCUUUCUUUGACUGUCAUUUCCUUCCCUCUCGUAGACAUGGAGUGGACCAUUCGUAGGUAUAAGGACCCUGACAAGGAGACAGUCCUGUCCCUGUACUCCCAAGUCACACAUGAGCACAUCUGGCCAAGUUUUAAGGAGGCUAUGAGCAGCCCGCUCUACCUGUGCUUCUCCCUGGGUCUGGGCAUCACUGGCUACCUCCUGGCCUCUGGUUUAGGAGCCCUUGUGCUUGUGUCUGGCUGGGCGGGCCUAGUCUACUACUGCUCCCAUAAAUUGUAUGCUGACUAUGCAAAGGACAGCCUCAAGACGGACAUGCAGGACAUACAGGCGAGCUACAUGGCCCAGCCAGACGACUGCUUCUGGGUGGCAGAGACUGUUGCCACAGGGAAGGUGGCGGGUAUGGUGGCUGUGGUGGCAAAGACGAACGGUACAAUGAGGUACAGUGAAUUGUUCAGAAUGAUAGUUUCACCUGCGACACGCCAAAAGGGCCUUGGAUCCAGAAUGGUUCAGACAGUUCUGGACUUCUGCAAGCAGCGUGGGAUGUCCAAGGUUACCCUAGUGACCUCUGCCAGUCAAACGGCUGCCAUUGCCCUGUACCGGAAAAUGGGGUUUAAACUCGUCCUCUCACAUACUAAGACACAUCUGCCUGAUUGGAUGAUGAAGAUAAAUAGAGCUACGUAUAUCGUGAUGGAAAAAAAUAUAUAG